AUGACAGGGGCGACGGCGCUGGCUGUGAGCAGUGGUGGUAGUGCCGGUUGCGGCGGCGCUGCCGGCAGCGGUGAUGAAGACAGUGGCGAUUGUAGCGUUGUUGAUGACAACGGCAGCGAUGACAAUGAUGUGAACGGCAAUGACGAUGAUGAUCAUUCAGAAUAUCGGGAGGCGUUCACCAUGUUUGACCGAGAUAAAGAUGGGAAGAUUACCGCUAGGGAACUAGGGACCGUGCUGCGUUCCCUGGGUCAGAAUCCGACCGAACAAGAGAUUAGAGAUAUGAUUAAUGAGGUUGACUUUGAUGGUAACGGUACCAUAGAGUUCAACGAGUUUCUGGCGAUGAUGUCGAAACGUCAAUCGGAAACAAACGAGCUGCAAGAAGUGACAGACGCCUUCAAAGUGUUCGACAAGGACGAUGAUGGUUUCAUUGAUGCUAGUGAGUUACGUCACGUCAUGGUGACCUUAGGCGAAAAGCUCAGCGACAAAGAGGUGGCGGAUAUGAUCAGAGAAGCCGACGUUGACGGUGACGGCCAAAUAAACUAUCAAGAAUUUAUUCGGAUUAUGAUGGCCAAAUAGCACCAACGUACCUUAAAUAUUUUAUCUAACAACGCACGUAUUUUUGCAUAUUUUUCACCAUAUUAAAACAUAUUGUUCACUAUAACUUUAUAUCAUUAUUCCUCACUAUCAAUUUACGACAUCUUUGAAAUUCACGAAUACAGCACGUCUUUAAAAAAAAAACAAAAGUGGACAAGCACAGAAAUAUUCAUCAUUUUUUUUAGAUCUGAUUCUUUACUACAGCAGAAUUCCCUCAUAUAUUUCACGAAAAGGCCUUUUUAACUCAUUCUAUUUACAUUCUAUUUUAAAUUGAUAAUGCACAAUCUUUUAGCUGAAUUAUUAAAAACUAUAUUGAUUAAA